AAAAGAUUUCGAAAAAGGUGUGUAUCACCAAUCCCAUCCCUUCCCUUCCCUUCCCUUCCCCUCCCCCACAAUUCAUCAUUCUCUACGAUGUCUCGCAUUUAUAGCAUGUGAUCGUAGUUUUUUUGGGGAGAAACGAAACGUUUUUGAGAAUUUUCAAACUUAUGAUCUGGAUUCUGUUUAUUUCACUCACAAUUCAUCAUCUUUAGCAUGUGAUCCUGAGGUAUGAUUGUUGUUGUUGUUUUGAUGGUUUUGGAGCAGAUUUUGUUAAUUUGGAGGUGAUUUUGUUUACGCGCACGUGAGGCAGAGAUUGAAAAUGGCAUUGGAAGGCUGAAGAAGCUUCUGAGGUAGAGUAUUCGGCGUACUGUUUUCGUACACCACACCAAACCAGACCAGAAAGCCAAAUUAAUUUGCAAAUCACAUUCCCGAGGCAGAUACAAAUUAAUGUUUUCCUGCAGUGAGAACAUGGAAUUGGAAGGUUAAUCAGAUGAUCACAGAGCUGACGGGCUUCGACCCGGUCGCCAGGCUUCCACCAUUUUAAGAAGGAGAAUUAUGAGUCUCUUUUUUUUGGCUUUUAAUUCUUACUACAAAAAACUGCCAGAUUCUUGUAGGAGUAUGAAAAAUCCUGCUUUGUACGAGGAACUAUCCCAAGCCCAAAGUCCAAAGUUCUUGGUAUUUGCCUGCUCUGACUCGAGAGUAUGCCCUUCCCACAUACUGAAUUUCCAACCCGGGGAGGCUUUUAUGGUGCGAAAUAUUGCUAGCAUGGUUCCACCAGGUAACACACCAAACCAAAACAAUAAGAAAUACUCAGGGAUGGGGGCUGCAAUCGAAUAUGCAGUCAUUCAUCUGAAGGUGGAGAAUAUAUUAGUGAUUGGGCACAGCUGUUGUGGAGGGAUAAAGGGCCUCAUGUCCAUCCCAGAUGAUGGGACCAUUCAGAGUGAUUUCAUAGAAGAUUGGGUGAACAUCUGCAAGGUGGCUAAGGCGAAGGUGCGGACAGAAUGCAAAGACUUGGAUUUCGGAGAACAAUGCAGUCAUCUUGAGAAGGAAGCUGUGAACGUGUCGCUGGGCAACCUAUUAACCUAUCCAUUUGUAAGGGAAGGUGUGGUGAAGAAAACUCUGUCACUUAUGGGAGGGCACUACGACUUUGUCAAGGGAGCCUUUGAGCUCUGGAACCUCGACUUCAACCUGUCUCCUUGUCUAUCACUAUGAGCCAUACCAGCAUUGUCAAUUCAUGAUUCUUGAUUCUUCAGAUCAAAUGUUGUAAUUUCUUGGUGUUGAAUAAAAUGAGUUUACUUUCAAAAUGUGUGCAUUGUGUAAACUGUAAAGUGACUUGUAAUAUCAAUGAAAUGAGUUUUGGAAUGAGAUUAA